AAAUUCAACGUAAGAGUCUUUCUCCUUCUCUCUUACCCUAAUCUCGGCGGAACUGAACUUUUGGCGAUUCACAAAUCACAUCUCUUCCCAAUUCACAAUCAUGGCGGAUGUUGAUGCUGAUGUCGCUGCGGGAAUCCCUAAGAAGAGAACGUUUAAGAAGUUCAGUUAUCGAGGAGUUGAUUUGGAUGCUCUUCUUGACAUGUCAACUGAUGAGCUUGUUAAGCAUUUCAAUGCCCGUCAACGAAGAAGGUUUCAGAGAGGUUUGAAGAGGAAGCCAAUGGCUUUGAUUAAGAAGCUUCGCAAAGCGAAACGUGAGGCUGCAGCUGGUGAGAAGCCUGAUCUUGUGAAGACCCAUCUGAGAAACAUGAUCAUUGUACCCGAGAUGAUAGGAAGCGUCAUUGGAGUUUACAAUGGAAAGACAUUCAACCAGAUUGAGAUCAAGCCUGAAAUGAUUGGCCAUUACCUUGCUGAGUUCUCCAUUUCAUACAAGCCAGUUAAGCACGGUAGGCCUGGUAUUGGUGCUACUCACUCUUCGAGGUUUAUUCCUCUCAAGUGAGUAGACACUGCUCUUCCCAUCUCUUCUUUGAGCCAAUCAUCCUUAACUUUUUGUUCUUGGUUCAUGUCACUUGAGAAUAUAUUAUGUUUGGUUUGUUGUCUUUCUAUUUUUAGAGACCUUUGUGUUCUAUCUAGUUUGAGAAAUUGAUUAUCAUCAAAGUCCAGGAAAACAUAAACCUUUCAGUUUCAAUCUUAUUUAUUGUUUAAUCAUUUCAGUU